AUGGUUGGCAGAGAAAGUGAAUCCCGGAAGAAACUGUCAAACUAUGUUUCCCUAGUUAACUGCAGCAGCACCUCGCUUGACCCGAGCAUGACCUCCGGUGGCGAUAGGAUGGGCGGGAAAAUAGAGAUGAAGGGACUUCCUGAGUCGGCAGAAGAGCGCGACGGGCAGAGCCAUUAUAUUGGCGAUGAAGAAAAUGGACAUGAGGAUGAGCAUGCAUAUCCACCGCAGUCACCAGUGUCUCCUUCGAUGAACUGGAGGCCACUGUCGCUGGGCGGGCCCUCAAGAAAUAGGCGAAACUGUUUCCUGCGAGAUUCCCGCGUUGCUUGUUUCCCCAGAAUCUCCAAACUGUGGAGGAAAGGGCCGGGGUCGGGGUCGAUGACGCGACGCCUGCUGCGGCACUGCAUCGUGGGUGCUCUAGUUGUACUUGUAUUCUUCCCAUAUCUGUUACACACUCCAGUUGAUGUAUGUUUUGAGAAGCCAACGGACCGGGGUAUAAGCAAGAAUAUGGCUGACGCUGGCGACAACAACAGAGGGCUGGUUCAGUUGGUCGCUCUGACUCUAGGGGCUUUAGCGUCUCUCUUACCUGGUGACAUCGAGGACGCCAUUUUUCGAUGGGGUCGAACCGGCAAACAAAGCGAGUAUCGCCCUUACUGGCCUACGGGUACAAGGGGUGUUAAGCCCAUCCCGUGCCAUUCUCAUAACGACUAUUGGCGUCCUGUACCCCUGUUUUCUGCCCUGGAGGCCGGCUGCAUCAGUGUAGAGGCGGACAUCUGGCUCCUCGACGAGGACCUCUUUGUGGGCCAUACUACGUCUUCUCUCGCUCCAAAUCGGACUUUAACGUCAAUGUAUAUCGACCCCCUCGUUAAGAUCUUAGAUAACCAGAACCGUAACACCAGUUCCCAUUCCAAAAAUUCACCAAAUGGCGUUUUCAAUACUCGACCAUCCCAAACCCUGGUCCUCCUUAUCGAUUUCAAGAAUAAAGCACUUGAAACUUGGCCGCGUCUCCUUUCCCAGCUGUCCCCGCUACGUGAUCGCGGCUACCUUACUUAUUUGAAUGGAACAGAUGUGACGGAAGGCCCGAUCACUGUGGUUGCGACAGGAAAGGCACCAUUCCAGAAAAUUAUCGCCAAUGACACAUAUAGAGAUAUCUUCUUCGACGCCCCACUAGACAAGCUGGGCAACAGUGCGAUCCUAGAAAAUCACGAACGGUCCUCAAGCCCAAAACUUGUCAACAAUGCAGGCAUAGAUGACAAGUUAAACAUUAUGAAACUCCGCCGUCAUCUACAGAACGGCACGCCCAAGCAACGUAACUCCCAACUCCCAGAAUCUUCUCCCACUAGAAUCGACAAAAUAAAAGCAGCACCCAACAAUUACGUGUACAAUUCUAAUAACAGCUACUAUGCCUCCGUCUCCUUCAUGAAAUCCAUCGGCUUCCCCUGGCGUUUUACUCUUAGCCAGAAGCAAUUGGCGCGGAUCCGAGCCCAGGUGCGUGAGGCGCACAAACGUGGCCUUAAAGUGCGCUAUUGGGCUACCCCUGGCUGGCCGCACAGUUUACGAGAUCGCAUAUGGAGGGAUUUGAUUAGGGAAGGCGUGGAUAUUUUAAACGUCGACGAUUUGAGAAGCGCACCGAGACUAGAUUGGGGUAACAUGUCGCUGUCGCGAUGA